AUAUAACGCUAUAAAACAGUUUGUAACACGAUAACAUUUUAUAACAGUGUGUAACAAUACGCUACACCUUGUUAAGAAAUGUUAUAUGUUAUAAACGCUCCCACAUUGGUUGAAUACGUUGUAUAACAUCAUAUAACAUUAUGUAACAAUCAGUUUGGGUUUGUCUUUCGAGAAGGCUGGUAGUGAGUCAUAAUGGAGGAAGUGCUAAUAGGUUUGGCCUUUAUUUUUUGUUUGAAAAAAAAAGAAGAAAAGGCGAUCUUACUGGAUGCGUCGAACUCUGAAAGCGAGAGAACAUUACAGUGCUACAAAAUAUUUGGAGGAUUUGGGUAUUGAUGGCUGUUUGAACGAUUUUUUAAGAAUGAACAGUUCAGAAUUUGAAUUUCUCCUGAAUUUAGUCGGAAAGAAUAUUGCUAAGCAGGAUACUAAUUGGAGGAAAUCUAUAAAUUAUACAGAAAGAUUUGCAGUUACAUUAAGGUUUUUAGCAACCGGUUGCAGUUACGGUAGUCUUGGAGAUGUGUUCAAAAUAUCACACCAACUUAUAAGUAUGAUCAUACCGGAAGUAUGCGAGGCUCUCGUCGAGGGAUUACAAGAAUAUUUACACAUGCCAACAUCUGCUCAAGAAUGGUUACAGGUUGCAAAUAAAUUUUUUAAUCUGUGGAAUUUUCCCCAUUGCCUGGGAAGUAUCGACGGAAAACACGUAGCCAUACAAAAACCAAUAGGAAGCGGAAGCGAAUAUUACAAUUACAAAGGAUUUUAUAGUGUUGUUCUUUUAGCAUUGGUUGACGCUGAAUAUAAUUUUUUAUACGUAAAUAUUGGGUGCCAAGGACGUAUAAGUGAUGGCGGAGUAUUUGCAAACACACUCUUACGAAAAAAAAUAAUUGAACGUGAUUUGAAUUUACCAAGAGAUUGCCCACUUCCAGGAAGAACCACACCUGUUCCUUAUGUAUUUGUAACAGAUGACGCAUUUCCGUUAGAAAAGCAUUUGCUAAAACCUUUUCUAGGACCCCAGGACAACAAUACUAAAGAGAGAAAAUUUAAUUAUAGAACGAGCCGCGCAAGAAGAACGGUAGAGAAUGCGUUUGGAAUUUUGUCAGCCAGAUUUAGAGUAUUACGAAGUAUAAUUUUAUUAGAUCCACAAAAGACUACUACUUUAAUUAUGGCAUGUGUGCUUCUACAUAAUUUUUUGAGGAAAACCAAAUCAAGCACUAUUUACGCCCCACCUCAAUAUUAUGAUAAGGAAAAUUCAGAUGGUACGCAUACUUCCGGACAAUGGAGAUCAGAUACACAGCAGUUAACAUCACUGCAACCAGUUGAAACACAGACAGAAGAUGGGAAAGUAAUAAGAAAUGAGUUUGCUGAUUAUUUUUCACACCAAGGUUUACUGGAUUGGGCUUCUAGCUAUUAUUAACCAUAGUUAAAAUUAUUACUCACCGACAAUCCCCCAUCAACAGUUUCUUCUGGCUUAUUUCGAUCUUUUAAAAAUAAAAGUUUUUUAUACGCAAACCAUUUAGGUAUAUCGUCAGCCCCCGCACCUGAUUUAGGCUUCUUACACUCUCUCUGAAAUUGGCCUAUAAGUGACCGCAUUUUUUUUUCAAUCGCCUGUUUAUCUAAAUUAAAUUCAGCCGCAAUUUGCAUCCACGCGUCAUGUUUUUUAUUUCGAUCCUUGUAUUCAUCCAUCUGCGUAUUCCACAAGACUUGUCUCUCUUGAAAUAGUUCAAUCAAUGUGAUCACAUUUUCAUUACUCCAAGUAAAACCAGACAUUUUGUCAAAUCACAUAUAAUACGUGCUUCACCACUUCACUAACCGAACCGACUAAAGAUGCGUACGUGACGAGACGAACGCGCGCGCAAUCCCCCCGCGCCCUUCCGCUAACGUCCCGCUAGGUUCUGAUCAUGUUAUACAACAAAAGUUAUAUUUUGUUAUAACAUGUUGUAAUCAGUUGUAAAACAUUUUGUUGAAUUAAGUUUUAUAACAUUAUUAACAAUUUAUAACUUUUGUUAUAAUUUGUUAAAAAAAGUAGAACAACAAAAGUUAAGCAACAUUCUAUAACGUUAUAUAACUGCUGUGUGGGAGCACCUUAACAUGAUGGACUAAUGUUAUGGGCGAUAGGCUGAUCCCUUAUCACCAUAAGGUUCAUCAUAUCCAGCUUACGACAUCGUAUCAACAGUGGCUGCAAGUUGUCUUUGAUUACUUGUGGCUCUGCCCACCCCACUAGGGAUUACGGGCGUGAGUUUAUGUAUGUAUGUAUGUAUGUGUACAUUUUGAAAACUUGUGCACAGAGAAGACAUUGCUUCUGUCCUCUCACUUCUUUGAGACUGUUGUGGCCGUCUUCUUGACCAUAAUGGGGUUUUAUUUAUGGAUUACUCCUUCAAGGCAUUAUUACUUAUGAACAUCUCGGUAUCAUUUGGCAAAACAACAAUCUCUUCAAAAAUUUCCUCCUUCUCCAUACAUAUUUUUUUGAUACAACCAUCUUCUUCCCCUAGAUUUUGUUUAGGUUGUGGUGUGGGAAGAACCGUAUCACAAUCUUGCACACCAAUUAUACCAGUACAAGCUCGUCCGGAAAGGGCACACAUUUGUUCCAUUAUGGGAUCUACCUUGACAUCUGCAGGUCCUCCACCAGUUCUUGUCGUACUCUCCUUUGAAGUCUGAUAAUAGAGCUUGCUCUCGGUUUUCAGUUUUUCCCAUAGUUUCAUUAGGGAGUCUUUAUUUCUGAAAUAAAUUUACAUGGUAUUUUUAGCAUGGAAUUUAAA